GUAACAGUUUUAGCAAUCAAGUCUAAAUCACAAUCUAACUAAAAUAAAAUGUUCAAAUUUGCCGUUGUUAUCUUCGCUGUCAUUGCCUGUGCUGCUGCCAAACCCGGUUUAGUUGCUCCUUUGACUUAUACUGCACCUGCCGCCGUUGUAGCUGCCCCCGCUGGUGUUGUUACUGCCGCAAGUAGCCAAUAUAUUGCUCGCAACCAUAAUGGUAUUGUCUCCACCCCUGUUGUUGCUCCAGUUGCAGCCCCUGUUGUUGCUAAGACUCUUGCCUACACUGCUCCUGUUGCUGCUGCUUAUACUACUCCUGUUGUAGCCAAAUACGCUGCUGCUUACUCUCAUCCCUUGGCCUACUCCACCCCUGUUGUUGCCAAAUACGCCGCCGUUUACUCUCAUCCUUUGGCCUAUUCUGCUCCUUUGACUUAUGCUGCUGCUCCAGCUCCAGUUUUGUUUUAAAAACUGUUUAGUCUGGUUAUAAAAAUGAUA